AUGAGCAAUGGUCAGAGUUCUGAUUAUGAGCUUCCUUUAGACAUGCAUGUUUCUAUCUUGGGUUGCCCAGACUGUUCCGACACAUUCACCAAUCCGAGGGAGCUCAACAUGCACAGGGUGGAGGUCCAUGGGCCUGAAAUAAAGAAACAGAGAUUUGAAGGGCCCCCAGAGGAUUUUCCAACUGCUUACCACAGGCUGGGAAGAGAGUUGUUAGAGAGUUCUGAUGUUCCACUGACCAAUGGUCAUCUUGAGACUGAACCAUCCCCUGCACCUCCAGUUAACAGUCUGCCACCCUCACCGCGACAUACACCACAGCCACUAUCUUUAAAAAUACAGCAUAUGGUCUCAAACUCAGAAGACAGUGGGUUUCCAUUUCCUGAUCAACUCCAGCCGCCCCCACCCACAACUCCAAAAACCUUCAAAGAAAUAAAUGGGGAGCCAGUCAAAUCUGACAGAAUCUUUCACAUGGAUGCAUACUGUGAGUUAUGUGAUAGGGAGUUUUGUAAUAAAUAUUUCCUUAAAACACACAAGGCCAACAAACAUGGUAUCUACGAGGAGAAUUCACCUCCAGCAACCAGCGUACCUCUACCUUUCCCUGGGCUCAUGAUGCCCCAAGAUCCACUUGCUUCUUUCAACUUCAAAAUGGAUUCUAUGAAAGCACCAUGCAGUGAACCUCUCCUACCCUGGUCGUUUAAACUUGAUUCUAUAAUGCCACCCAAGAGAUCAGAGAGUUCUCCUAACAUGAAAGCUCUGGAUUCUCUGCCAAUGUUUCCUAUGCCUCUGCCAACUUUAGAAAGCCCUAAACCACCAUCAAACAAAAGCAGCAGUGCAGGUGAAUGCAGUGUGAGCAGUUCCACCCCUUGCAGCAACAACUCCUGCUCUAUCACUUCCAGCGCUACGUCCAUUCUCACCAGCAUCACAAACAGCAUCAAAAGUGGACCUACGUCCAGCAACGCACAGCCCCCGGCCAAUGACCCAAGCAUGGAGGAUUACUGCCACAUAUGCCAGAAACAUUUUUGCAACAAGUAUUACCUCAAGAAACACAAGCAGGAUGUGCAUGGGAUCAUCCCAGACAACCCACCAGCAACAACUAACAAGAGGUCAAGGUCCAGCUUGCUUGACAUGCCCAUGACUUCCUCUAAUCACAUGAUGCUUCCACAGCCAUUAGCUAGCCUUGCUGGAAUGCACAAUCUUCCAGGCAUGCAUGGACUUCCCAGCAUGCCACCCAUGCCCAACCUUGCAAACAUGCCCCCUGGUGUCAUGGUGAUCAACCCUUACAGUCUCCCCCCUGUUGCCCUCAUUCCAGCUGGCUCUUUGAUGCCUGGUCAACAGCUGCCUCCACCACCUCACCCCAUGAUAUCCCAAUCCAUGAACAUGACACCCCUGUCUGAUUCCAUUCUUCUCCCACCAUCCAUGCCCCCUUCCUCGUCUUCAUUACACAUGAACAACUCUGGUCACUCACCCAACAGGCCUAACCCUUCCUUGCAAGAUGGUGGCGUCCACUGCAACAUCUGUGCCAAAGAGUUCUGCAAUGAGUACUAUCUUCAAAUCCACAAAGAGAGUAAGCACGGCAUACGCCGGCAGAGCGAGGACGCUCCCAGGGAUAAAGCGCUGUCCCUGGUGAAGGAGAACAGGAAUGAUGGCAGCAGGCCCAGCCCUCCUCCAUUAUCGAAUCACAAUAAGAAUGAACAUCCUUUCAUGAGGACGCGGUCUCCAAUGGAACGUUCAUCAAGUGUUGAACACAGCUUUUUGAUCUGCAACAUUUGCAACAAAGACUUUAACAACAAGUACCUGUACAGGAUCCAUCGAAUACAUGACCAUGGCCUGAAUGAGCUCAUUGAUCCGACGCUCAUAGAAAACGGUGAGGUUUCAAAAGAGGACCCUGUGCGGAGUAUGAAUGAAUCUCUCAUGCGCAUGGCGGCCGACGCUUCAGCAGUCUGCUAUGCCUCCAGCUUUGGCCCACCACCUCCAAUGAAGGAGAGUGCGGUCUGUGACAUUUGCAAUAAGGAAAUGACGAACCACUAUUUCUUACGUCUUCACAAGUUCAAUGCUCAUGGCAUUGACCCGAGCAUCAACGACAAAUAUGACAGAAAGCCUCUUAACUCUCCCUUGCCUCCACCAUGUCCCAAGCCAAAGACCCCCACAUCAUCAGGCAGCUUAUCCUCAUCCAACCAACAACCAAUGAACCUGGCACCGCAUCAUAUGGGAAAACCACACAUGCUUCCGUACCUUCCCCCUAAGCUGGACUUUAAGGACAUGCCGCCUUUUGUAGACUUUGGCAGGGAGUUCAAGAGUUACAGAGACAUGCCUUCUUUCAUCACGGAUUCAAUCAACCACGAACUGUUUGCAAGGUCACAUAGCCAAGCCAGGCACAUGGAUUUGAACUUUUUUGGUUUGCCGCCGCUUGGGAAAAUGCCAGGAGAGGACAGUAUUAAAUUGAAUUUUGACCCUGAAGCUUACUGCGAUAUUUGCAAAAAGGAGUUCUGCAGUAAAUAUUUUCUCAGGACACAUAAACAAAAUAUUCAUGGUAUCAAAAGUGACACAACGUCUUCGGUGAGCUCCAAGAGUUCCGAAGGUGAGAAAAUAAUUAAUUCUAUUUCUCCAGUGAAACCAAAUAUUACACCAAUUAAUAAUAAUUUCAUCAAUAAAAGCAAGGAGGGAAGCGAGAAGAGCUCGAGCUCUUGGCGGUGGAAGGAACCGGUAAACUCCUCGCGGGUGAUUUGUGACAUCUGCAACAAAGAAGUAUGCAACAAGUAUUUCUUGCGCACACACAAGCAGAAGAAGCACGGCAUUAUCCCCAGUGGCCUCUCACCUAAUGUCAGCAUGAGUGGGUCACCUAAUGCCUCUGACUGCGACUCUGCCUCUAAUGCCUCUAGCCAACCAGAGGAGAAACCUUUCAGGCUUGAUCCUUUCUGCCUACCUCAGAUGAUUCCGCUUCCCCCAACUGAUCGGCUUGGUGAAAAAUUUCACCUGAAGCCGGUAAACUUCAGCAAAAAUAAAGAUGAUCCGCCCCUGAAUAACAACAUCGAACAGAGCGAGACCUGCAACAUCUGCAGCCGCAGAUUCAAAAACAUGAAAUGGCUGAAAGAUCACAUCAUCAAAGACCAUUCGGACAAUGAAGCGCUUGACAUGAGAUCAAAGAAUGCUCCACCCAUAUAUACAUGUCAGGUAUGUGGCAUUGACUUUCCUGCAGAGCUGUCUGUCCAACUACAUCUCAUACAGGAGCAUAAUGCUCGGGUAACUCUGGACACAGAUGAGCCUCAGAUUCCUACAGAGGAGCCAAGUCUGCCCAACGGUGAAGGAAAUAAUAACAAAGUGGCUGAGCUCAGCGCCAGGUGGGGGCUCCGCAAAAAAAUCUCUAGUUACAGUCGGCUCAAGAAGUAUGUGUGUCAACGCUGUGGCUUCGAUACUCACUGGCUGUCUUCAUUGCUUGAUCAUGAAAGGUCAGAACACGGCAUAGCCUUUGAGUACUCACCAUCAUUCACAUGUCGGCAGUGCCACCAGGUUCUUCCAUCACCAAAUGCCCUUUCAGCACACAUGGUAGCUGUGCAUGGUUACUGCAUUGAGGAUGCCCUCACUGAAGCCAAAAAUACAGAGCCAGAGUGUCCCAACAGCUUCAAAUGUUCACACUGUUCUGCUGUCUUCCCUACCCGAUCAUGGGGCAUGGCUCAUGUACGCCAUGUUCACAUACGCAAUCGCAGGGAUCUUCCAAUUAAAAACUCUUUUGAGAAAAGCUUGCUGCGCUGUCCGUCAUGUUCCUUCAAAACACAUUUUGCUUUCCGCCUGCAGCGACAUGUUAAGUGUCGGCAC